AUGGCACCUGUUCUGGGCCAGGGUGCGACGCUGCAUUUGGGGGGACACCGCCGGGAUUUUGCUCUAGCCGGGGCCUGCUUCCACACCAUCAUCGUUUCUGCUCGAUGCUACUCCUCCAUUCUGUUUUUUUUUUUUCCUUGUGGUCUAAAUCCCGCCUUCAACGAACGGGAAGGGAAUGCUUCCCGUCUGCGCUGUUUUGGUUCCCGAGAGCGAUCAGAGGCACAGCUAUUCAAGACAGGUACACACACAAAUGACAUAGUCCGCGUGACUGAACUCGACGAUGCCUUCUUACAAUUAGCUCUUACACAUGGCUGCCGAACAUCUUCUGGGGAUAAUGGGUCGGUUGGUGAGCUUCUCAUCAACUCGUCCGAGCAAUGCACGGAAUCUCAGCAGACGCCCGUCAUGCCGGGUUACAUUGAGACCAACACGGCCAUCGGCGAUUUAUGUCGAUUCAGAUCUCGAACAGAUAAUACAGGGUACGGAGUAGAAGCCGCCAUACCCAAGCCAGCAUCGCGAACUCUAUGCGUUCCACCAACUGGCCACACCGCAGCGCAAACCUGCAGGCCCGGCAAGAAGAAAUUUCGCAAAUUCCCUCGCAUUACACAAGCCUCACGAGUCAAGCCUCCUCGUGCACCUUGCCGGCCUGCUUUCUUACGCCCAUUUUUGGUUUCUUUCCACCUCUCAAGUCCCAACUGGCUUAGCCAAGCAUUCGUGCUCCAGGCUCUUCCGAGACUAGUGAGCCCUCCUGCUUGCAGGGGAGCGGCCCUGUCAGAGACGAUGGGCUGGGUGAGAUCCGUGGGGCUCAUUAGAAGCGUCCAAGACGGGUGA